GCCUGGGGGCACGAGGCGGGCCGGUGGAGCGAGAUCAUGUGAGAGUCCACGCGCCGAAAGUAGGUUAGACUACAGAGAAACACAGACGCAGAGAGAGAGGGAAAGAGAAGAGGGCAUCAUUUUAUUGCAUAGCUGACAGUGCGACAGUGGGGGAAAAGCCUGUGAUGAAGCGGAAUUUACUCAGAACAACCGGAUAAGAAGAGCAAGCAGGCUCUGCAAUAACUUACGAGGUUUAGAAGUUAUUUUCUUGCAACCGCUCUUUAUUUUUUUGUGGAGUUUUCAGAAUUUUACCCGAGUUUAACUUUCGGCGCUGAUCAAAUGUACCGGAGUUAUAUUAUCGUCCGCAGAUAAUAUAACAUCAAAAUGAGAGCACAAAUCGAAGUAAUCCCAUGCAAGAUUUGCGGGGACAAGUCAUCGGGCAUCCACUAUGGGGUGAUCACUUGUGAGGGCUGCAAGGGCUUCUUCCGCCGAAGUCAGCAGAACAAUGCGAUAUACUCCUGCUCCAGGCAGAGGAACUGCCUUAUUGACCGAACCAAUCGCAACCGCUGUCAACACUGCCGCCUGCAGAAGUGUCUGGCGUUAGGCAUGAGCCGCGAUGCGGUGAAGUUUGGACGCAUGUCAAAAAAGCAGCGUGACAGCCUCUAUGCCGAGGUUCAGAAGCACCAGCAGUCUCAGGAGAGGGCAGGGGGUUUGGGCAAUGGUGUACCCACUCAUGCUGGUGAUGAGGUCGGGGAGAAGGGCAGCAGUCACGGCCGGGCCUACAGUCGGGGCUCCAGCACCACACUUAGUGACCUGGAUGAUAUAACCAUGCUACCAGACGGUCUUCUCUUUGAUCUGCCGCUCACUCCGGAGGAAGCUGCUGACUACUGCAGCCUAGAGCUGCUGGGAGGAAGCAGUGGGAGCAGUUCGUCCUCCCAGAGUUCUCCUGAGCCGAACAGACAGGAGUUUAGUGACACGACACACAUCAAACACGAGUACCAGACCCUGCACGAGACGGGACUUUACACACGCUCAUUACUUAACCCACCUGAAGGCUGUUCCUUGAUGGAAAUCGAACGGAUUACACAGAAUGUGGUCAAAUCCCACAUUGAGACGAGUCAGUACAGCACGGAAGAAUUGAAAAGAUUUGCUUGGACCCUCUACACACCUGAGGAGAUGCGUGUCUACCAAAACAAGUCCACAGAGAUGAUGUGGCAGCAGUUUGCUGUGUUCAUCACGAAUGCCAUCCAGUAUGUGGUGGAGUUUGCCAAACGCAUCUCUGGAUUCAUGGAUUUGUCUCAAAAUGACCAGAUUAUCCUUCUCAAAGCAGGCUGCCUGGACGUGCUGUUGAUCCGAAUGUGUCGGGCCUACAACCCCAUCAACAACACGCUGUUGUUCGAUGGAAAGUUCGCAAGCCCUCAGCUCUUUAAAGCUCUCGGUUGUGAUGAUCUGGUUGGUGCUGUGUUUGAGAUGGCUAAAACCCUGAGUCGGCUACAGCUGUCUGAAGAGGAGAUGGCUCUGUUUACCGCCACUGUGCUUCUGUCUCCAGACCGUCCUUGGUUAACAGAUGCUCAGAAGGUGCAAAAACUUCAGGAGAAGGUCUAUGUUGCAUUGCAACACUGUCUUCAUAAAAGUGGUGCCCCUGAGGAGAAACUGGCAAAGAUGGUGUCCAAGUUGCCCAUGAUGAAGUCUAUUUGUAACCUCCAUAUUGAUAAGCUGGAGUUUUUCCAUCUGCUUCACCCAGAAACGGCUUUCAACUUCCCUGCUCUCUACAGAGAGGUUUUCUGCAGCGAGAUCUCCUUCCCAGACUCCACUGAGGGCUAACAGUCAUUGAAGUGUCAUAUUGGCUCUGAUGAGAGACAGAGAGAGGACGAGACCGUUAAAGAAAGACAGGGAAUGGAAAUAGGAGGAGGUAGAUGGAUUUGUGUUUGAGAAAAACCAGCAACACACUGACAAUCUUGCACAUUACACUUUAGGACUCCAUCUGCAGUAUAACCUCCCUCCUGAUGGAGUGAUUCACUCCUCUAUUUGAACAGGACCCAGAUUUCUUACAAGACGCUGUUAAAUGUCAGCAGUCCUUUAAGGUGCUGGUUACAAUUACUCAUGCUACCUACAUAUAAUGACUCAAACAGAGCAAAUUAUGUAUAUUUAAUUAAAAAGAGUACUCGAGUUAACUUGGAGAUUAGAUCUCCCUAAAAAAUUAAGUGCUUAAAAAGUGGAUCCUUCCCAUUUUGCGGGUACUCUUAGGAAGAGAACUAUGAAUGUAACCCACCUGACUUUUGGCAAAGCCUCAGGAUUAAGACAGAAUGUAUUAUGAAUUCCUGACCCAUAUGUAAAGCAAGCUCUUAAGGCUUGGUUUCUAUACAUGAACAAUUUUGAAUCCAUGCAAAACUGUUCAAAGGGACCAAUGCAUACACACCUGAGGUUGUAAACGCCACAUGAGCACCUUCACUUUCACACUCAACACUAACGCACAGCACACUGCACAGACCACAUGUGCACAUUGUGUGUUGUCUUUUGAGCUCUUUAUUUUUGCAUAUAAAUUUAAAAGAUGCAACAAAACUAACAAAAACCUCAUCCUUGUUUGUUACCCUUUCCCACGUAAAUGCCACUUAAGUAAAGAUAUUUGAUGAUAUUUUGAUAUCCUCAUUUGAUCGGAAACCACAUGCAUGUAGAAUGAUAGAUGUCAUUGAGAAUAUAUUUAUGAACAGAGCCUGUAGAUAGCAUAUGUAGGCAGAGAUGUAAAGUUGCACCUUAGCCCUUUCAAAGACUUCUCAACCAUAGGAGUGGAAUUCUGGGCUGGGGUUAGAGGCAGGUGGACGGCACUUCAAUACUCCACAAAAAAAGGACUUUGCAGGAGCAGGACUUUGCUGUUGCCUCACAAUAGACAAUGCCUCUAUGAGACUUUCUGAAGUGUAGCAAACCACUCAUACGGCUGCUGGGAGCAAGGCCUCAGGAGAACGCAAAGAACACUGAAGGAAGUGGAUGGAAGGAACCUUAUAUUUUUUAGAGACAACAGACAACCUGAGCUCGCUGUCAAGCCAUGAGGACACCACAGAAAUGUCGUCAUUCAGACUUCUCUGAUUCUACAGCUGUGAAGAUACUUUGAUUCACAGGCCGUACCUCAUGCUUUGCAUUGUCUGAUGUGGGGAUCAGUGUUGUGUUGCUGUGUGAAUAUUUUUUCCCUUUGUGUUCACUUAUAGCUCAAACUAUUGGUUGACGGAACCAUCAGCUACCCCCCUGAGUUAGGGAGUACUCUUAGUUUAUGUUCUGAAACUUUGCGGUUCAAACAUAAGGGGAGAAAAAUCUACUAUCUGUCCGCAGUGUGAAAGCAGCCUUCUUUCUUCAGAGGCAGGAAGUCCAGAUUGGUCUCGUGGGAGUUUUAGGAGUGGCCCAGAAACCGGAAUACAAACUAAAGCCCAAAGGAGGGCUUUUCAAAGCCCUUUAUUGCCCAGCUUUGUAAGAUUACAGGGUAUGAGAGAUGUUUCGAAUGAUUGAUUAGGAUCAACGUCCAGUUUCCUGACCAUUAAUUAUAACCAACUCGCCUGACCUUUUAUUUUUGCACUGCUGGAACAGUGCCUGUCUAUAUUUUCUUGUAAGAUUUUAUAUGGUUGGUAUAAUACACAUUUUAUAACACAGUAUCAGUGUCUGCUUGUGCAAUAGUCAGUCUUUCCAUUUUUAGUAUUGACAGCCCUCACAAGCCAAGUAUCUCCUUGGGUUUCAUAAAGCACUCCAGCCCAGAUCAUUUAACACCCCCUUGCUAAGUUCUGUCUUUUACAUUAUUUUUUUUUACGCUUAUCUAUUAGCUAACUUAAAUUGAUGUGUGAAGGUGGAGAAAGAUUGUAAAAAGUGCAAAUACUUUUGGAAAAAAAAAACAUUUUUAGUUAUUGAGGAUGUAUUUUUGUGGAGUGUAAUCCGCCACCCUACAAACUGCCACAAGUGUCCGGCCCGUCCCGUCCUUGAGGGUAGUUCUGGAAGUGUGCGUUUACAUCUACACUCAGUCACUCAGGGAGAUAGCUGGGUUCUCUGUCCUGAAAUGUCUUCUUCAGUUAGCCUAGCAAGACACCUAGCACCAAAUAGAAGACCUGAAACCUUGAUCACUGUGUACAGUAAUUUUUCUUGUGAAUGUUAAUCGCAGAAGUAUCAGAAUCUUACCCCUGUUUUAUAUCAGUGCUAUUGGAGGAUUUUUUUUUCCAGUUUGAAUUGCUUAAAAAAACAAACAAAUAGGAUCAAAACUAUAAGGUCUGUAUAUAUAUAUAUAUAUAUAUAUAUAUAUAUGGAUCAAUUUAAUCUUUAAAUCUAGUGUUGUGUUUGUUUAUUUUUGUGAUAUUUUCUUCAUUUCUGUCCUUUUCUGUAACAUUUUCUCACCUGUGUAGUGUCAUACUUUGUCUUGAAGAAUUAAAAUCCUAUUUUUUUAAAGAGUGUUUUUAAGCAUAAAAUCCCCUACAAGAGUCCUAAUUCUUUGCCAUGGUCCUUCUGUGGUUGUUUCAAUUGUAUCUUUAUUUUCAUAUUAUAGAUUAAUUUAUGGUGUAUUAUGGAUGCAGAAAAUAAAACAAACAUGUUAAAAGAUAUUAUUGUACAAUAAGGAUUAAACACAUGGAUUCCAGAAUGUAAUAAAGGUCUUUUUACUUUA